AUGGCCCAGAGCAAGAACCAAUCGGCGAUCGAGUUGACGUGGCACAAGCCACGUCUAUCAAAUACAACCAGCCAAUGGUAUCGCGUUAAAUGUGGCUCAUGUGGAAAGGAGGCUUCCUAUUGGCCGUCUAAAAAUAACAUCACCCAAAACAGGAUCAUUAUCAGUAAUCUGAAAGCAAGCAAGUCGUACAAUAUACGCUUGUACGCUGAAAAUAUACAUUAUGACGGGUUCAACGUCCCAAGCAAACUGACAAACGUUCAUAUAACCAACAUUGGACUCCAUCACAUCACCGUCUGCUGGCCGAAUAAUGAUAGCAAUAAUAAUAAUAAUAAUAAUAAAAACAAUAACAAUAAUAACAACAACAAUAAUAAUAAUAAUAAUAACGAUAAUUAUGAGGUUGUUGGGAUUGAGAUAACGCAGUUUGACGUGGCGAUUUUCAAAGAGGGGAUCGUUAACAUGAAUAUUAUUAUUAAUAAUAAUAACAAUAAUAAUAAUAAUAAAAAAAAUUAUAAUAAUGAUAAUAAUGAUAAUAAUGAUAAUAAUAAUAAUGGUAAUAAUAACUACAUUGAUAACAAUAGCAACAUCGAUAAUGACGUCAUCAAUGUAGACAACAUCAACAACAACAACAACAACAACAUCAACAACAUCAACAACAUCAACGUCAACAACAACAUCAACAACAACAACAACAUCAACAACAACAUCAACAACAUCAACGUCAACAACAACAACAUUAACAACAACAUUAACAACAUCAACAACAACGACGACAACGACAAUAAGUUUCCGACUAGAUUUUCAAAUCAUUUCCCGCUAAAUUUCUCCAACAGCUCCCUCACCACCGUGACCACGCACUCCAACAACAUCACCUUCGAGGGCCUAGAGCCUGGCACCAAAAACCGGAAACAGUUCGGCCGGAAACUGCCUAAAGAUGAAAAUGAUCAGAAGAACACAUUCAGAAUGGGAAGCAUAACGAGGAAUGGAGAUUUAGUUGGAGUCUACCCGGUUUACUCGCAGUCCAGUAGUGUGCGGACCUACGUGGACCCCUUCACGUAUGAAGACCCUAACUUGGCGAUAAGGGAAUUUACCAAAGAAAUAAAUACAGAGUACAUCAUCAUCGAGUCUGUGAUUGGUGGCGGUGAGUUUGGCGAUGUUUGCAAGGGCCGGCUAUCCAUCCCAAACAAGCCCCAACUUGAUGUGGCCAUAAAAACGCUUAAAAGUGGAUUUAGCGACAAACACAAGAUGGACUUUUUGACGGAGGCCAGCAUCAUGGGCCAGUUCGACCACCCAAACGUCAUUUUCCUGGAGGGUGUUGUCACCAAGAGCCAGCCCAUCAUGAUCGUGACUGAGUUUAUGCUGAAUGGGUCACUGGAUAGGUUUUUGAAGCUGAACGACGGUCAGUUUACGAUGCUGCAAUUGGUCGGGAUGAUGAGGGGCGUGGCCUCUGGAAUGAAGUACCUCAGCGAAAUGGGUUACGUACAUAGGGAUCUAGCGGCCAGAAACAUCCUAGUAAGCGAAACCUUGAUAUGCAAGGGGGGGAAAAUCCCUAUACGAUGGACAGCCCCUGAGGCCAUAGCCUACAGAAAAUUCACGUCGGCGUCCGACGUCUGGUCGUAUGGGGUGGUCGUCUGGGAGAUCGUGACGUAUGGGGAAAGGCCCUACUGGGAUUGGUCGAAUAGACGGGUGAUAGAGGCCAUAGAGAGGGAGGAUUUUAAUCUGCCCGCCCCCUUGGACUGCCCGGAAACGAUCCACCAACUGAUGUUGAACUGCUGGUUGAGAGAUCGAUUCAGUCGCCCCAAGUUCAACGACAUCGUCAAAACCCUCGAUCAGCUGAUCAGAUCGCCCGAUCAGCUGUUACAUCUCGCUCAGUCAAGUUCAAGAUCAACUAUGAUGAUGAUGACGUCAUCGUCACUCACGUGCCACAACCAUCACCAUUGCCAGCAGCAGCAGCAACAACUGCUACUGCUGCAACCGGAAAUGGAUGAACCGGAACCGGAAACGAUGGAGGAAUUUUUGAGGCGCAUAAAAAUGGAGCGAUAUUUAGAGACGUUCAAAUUUUACGGCAUAGACAACAUAGAGAAAGUGGCUAUGUUGAGUUUGAAAGAUCUUUUAUCUAUGGACAUUACAUUGAUCGGUCACCAAAAGAAGAUACUAAAUAAUGCUCAGAUGUUAAGAAAUGUUGUUAUAGUUGAUUGA